AUGAGGUUUCAGGAACUAUUAAGCAAAGUAUCCUUACGUACGUUACGAUAUUUAAGUUCAUUUGGCGGUGCUGCCAUAUGUUCACUUCAUUUACACUUUCUAUGCAAAUCACAUUUUCAAAUUAGUAGAAAACUGCCGAAUCAUCACGAAGAAUUGAUGCUGAAUGCCUCUCGACUUUCAGAACGUUUUGAUAAAUGUGGCAUCAGUGGCAAUAAUGACACAGUCAGUGUACUACUUCCUUCUGGUUCCAUUAUAUAUCUUCAGCAAGUAUCGGCCGAGAAUUUCACAGAAAUUUUACGUAAAGUUUGUGAAGAGCUUAAACUUGAUCCGGAAAAUUAUUUUAUCAUAAAGGAUAGUCGAGAUCGAGUACGACUGCAAGAGCGAGAUUAUAGACUUGAAAAAAGAAAUCGAAGUCUUGGAUUAACAAUAUGUGCAAAAAUGUGUGAUGGCAAUGAAAUUAAGGCUGAAGUUCGUGCGAUCCGUGACAAGACAGCUUGUGCUGAAGUAGGUGAUCUUGUAAUAAGUGUUGAUAAUCAACUAAUCUCUUCCCUUCGGAGUGCAGAAGAGGCUCAAGCAUUACUACGUCAUGGUACCAACCUCGUGCUACGUAAACGUGACGCAAUCACACCACAAUAUGUGAAAUCCAAUCUUUCAUUACCUACUCCGUUACCUGCACCUAGUAGUAAAACAUCAAGUAACGAUACGAAUGAAAGAUUAGCACCUUUGCCACCACAACCUUCAUCAAGUAAGAAUCGGUCACAUAGCAUGGAUCGGAUAUCUGAUAUUUCAUCUAUUCCUCGAACUGAUCGUCGAAAUGGAUCAACCUGUUCAUCACCUACACGAAGUGUGGACAAAAAUCACCGUAUUCCAUUCAAUAGUCAUUUUUUCCGAAUUAUGUCAAGAUCUGCAUGUGAUAAAACGUCCAGACGUGAAGAACGUCGUCAUGCUACACUCAAUGGUGCAGAAGAACAACUCUUGAAAACUAUCAAUGAAUUAGUAAUAACUGAGGAAAAUUUCGUACGCGAUGUUCAGAAGUUAGUAAAUCAGUACUUGAAACCAACAAAUUCAGCAGUACUAGAAACAGCUGAUCGUUUACUUAGAAUUCAAACAUCGUUCUUACUUUCACUUCUUGAUGCAGCUGGAGAUGUUGCUCAUGCAUUCAUUGCUUCACAACAACAAUUACGUGAUUCAUUAAUUCGUAUCUCGGCCUUAUUCAUUAACAAAUGUAGCAAAUUCAAGAUUUACAGCGAUUAUUCGGCUGCGUAUUUAAGAUUUCAACAAAAUGAACAAGAGCAUAACGAUAUGAGAGUGAAAUUGGAAAAAUUGAAUGUUAGUGGUGAACAAAGUGAGAGUGCGCAAUCAUUACUAAUCAAACCAAUUCAACGAGUUUUAAAAUAUCCUCUUUUUUUACAACAAAUCCGAGAUAACUGCUUUAAAGGAUCCGUGGAGAGACAACAAAGUGAACAAGCGUUAAUGAAAAUGCAAGCUUUAGCAGAAUACGUGAAUGAAAUGCAACGCUUGACGGAACAAUAUGGACCGACCAUUGAAGAAAUUUCUUUGAAAAAUAAAGCAGUACCGCGGAUGAAUUUCAGUCAAUUACUAAUGUUUGCACAUGUAAAUUGGUUAAAUUGCCCUGACAACCGUUCACGUUCUGCUCCUUGUGUGGCCUUCGUUUUCACGUCAUUAAUUCUGAUUUACUGUCCUACAUUAUCGAAAAAUAAAGCGAAAGUUUAUCGAAUCUUACCAAUUGCUGAAGUAGAAAUAAAUGAAAGCCACUUGGAUUCAGCUCAGUCUCAAUUUGUAUUCAUUCUUAUUCAUAUAGGAUCAUCACGCGAACCAGUCUAUCAUUUGUGUUGCUGUCAAGCAGAAAUUAAAAACCACUUCAUCAAAUCUAUACGUAAAGCUGCUGCAACUAUAGCAAAAGAGCAACGCCGACCAAUAAGUGGUAGUAGUCAAUCGGAUGGUGGUUACAGUAGUGAAAAACAUUUACUUUAA